UGGAGAAGCAAUUUCGCUGGAUAACCCAAUCUAUAGGCGAUGCCCUGAGCUCGCAGCACAGUCGUGAGAGGAGACAUGCUUUUCCAGAACUGGAGGGUCAUGACAGAGAGAUCCAUGAAAAUCUUCAGAUUUUGAUAUGGCUCUGGCAAUUCCACGGCUUGGCAGGCCAGCACCAGUCUUUCCUUGGCGUGGAAGAAGUGCACUCGGACGAUAUCUCAGGCUGCCGGAGCCUGUGA